CUUUUGAGUUUGUAUUCGAUGCAAAACUCGCAAUUGUCUCGCUUAAUCUCGUUUGUCAUUCUGGGAAGGUGCGAGGGCGAGGGCGUGGUCGUUCCUGCCUGUCUGAUCGUCACACUGACGGCUCCACUUAGCUGCCAGAUCGUAACACUUAAUACCAUAGCUUUAUCCCCUCCUAUACCUUUACUAUUAGUUAUAUAUAAUGACGAGAGGACUAUAAACCUAUUAAAAAGUGAGGAUAUAGCAUAUAAAACGAAGCUUCGAUAUAUGGAUAUUUAUCGCUACUAG